AUGAAUGGCGCAAAUGGCCAUUUUGGCCAACCCGUCAGUCCCUGGACUGAACAUACAACCCCCGAUGGCAGGGCAUAUUAUUAUAAUCCCCUGACCAAGGUCACGCAAUGGACCAAACCCGAGGAGAUGAUGUCGCCUGCUGAGCGCGCCCUCGCAAAUCAGCCUUGGAAAGAGUACACGGCAGAGGGCGGUCGCAAGUAUUGGUAUAACACGGAAACAAAGCAGAGUUCAUGGGAGAUGCCUGAUGCCUACAAAAGAGCUCUCGGCCACGACAGCGGCCCGCCAACUCCAGCCGCUCUGGGACCUUCUGAUGGCUAUUCGACCCCAUCAUACGAUCAAGGGCGCGAUCGUGAUCGUGGCCGUGACCGGGACCGGGAUCGUAACCGUGACCGUGACCGUGACCGUGACCGUGACCGUGACUACGACCGCGAAUAUCUUCCCGAGUCUCGUCAAUUGACCUAUGGCAAUGACCCCAGAGUGCAGUCUUUCGUGCCUGCGAGCAACGAGCCCGAAUAUGCAACAGCCGAAGAAGCCGAGGCUGCGUUUAUCAAGCUGUUGCGUCGUAGCGGCGUACAAUCAGACUGGACCUGGGAGCAGGCGAUGCGAGCCACCAUCAAGGAUCCCCAGUACCGCGCUAUUAAGGAUCCGAAAGACAGAAAGGUUGCUUUCGAACAGUAUUGCCAGGAUGUUAUCGUACAAGACAAAGAACGGGCAAAGGAGAGACUGACCAAGCUGCGUGCCGAUUUUGCAACUAUGCUCAAGAGCCACCCGGAGAUCAAGCACUACACCCGAUGGAAGACUGCACGACCCAUCAUCGAGCGCGAAACCAUCUUCCGAUCUACCAACAAUGACGAUGAGCGCCGCCAGCUCUUCGAAGACUAUAUCCUUGAGCUCAAGAAGGCCCACGUCGAGUCGCAGGCCAGUUUGCGUAAGAGUGCCAUGGAUGGUCUCAUCGAGCUGUUGCCCCAGCUUAAGUUGGAGCCGUACACCCGCUGGUCUGAGGCCCAGGGCCUCCUUAAAUCCACUGCACCCUUCCAAAAUGACGACAAGUACAAGACUCUCAGUGACUUCGAUAUUCUCACAGCUUUCCAGAACCAUGUCAAGUUACUCGAGCGAAACUUUAACGAAGCUCGCCAGAACCAGAAGAACAAAAAGCGUCGUAUCGAGCGCAAGCAUCGUGACGCGUUUAUUGCCUUGCUCCAGGAGCUCCGAAGGGAUGGACAUAUCAAGGCUGGAACCAAAUGGACUCAAAUUCGUCCUUUGAUUGAAAAUGACGAACGUUACAAGCAGGCAUGUGGCCAGAGUGGCUCUACCCCUAUCGACCUUUUCUGGGACGUGGUAGAGGAGGAAGAGCGUGCACUACGCGGCACCAGAAAUGAUGUUCUUGAUGUCAUGGAUGAUAACCGCUUUGAGUUCACCCCCAAGACCACCUUUGAUGACUUCCUAGCUGUUAUCAAGAAUGAUCGACGAACUGCUAACAUCAAUCGUGAUAUCCUCACACUAAUCUUUGAGCGGCUCCAGGAAAAGAAAGCCAAGCGCUCUUCGGAUGACGACAAGCAAAUAGAGCGUCAGCAGCGACGUGCCUUUGAUGAUCUACGCUCGCACAUCAAACAUCUGGAGCCUCCUAUCCUUCCGGAUGACACUUGGGAAAAGGUACGACCACGCCUCGUCCGAGCUCCUGAAUUUCAAGCAGUUACUUCGGAAGAUUCUCGUCGUGGGGCUUUUGAGAAGGUCCUUCGUCGUGUGCGCGAUCGCGAGGAGGAAGACAGGGAUCGUGCAAAGCGUCGAGACAGAUCUCUUGAUCGUGGUAUGUACCGAGACAAAGAUAGAGGAGACAGAUCUCACCGCAGCGAUCGCACACGGCCUUCACGCCAUAGCCGCAGCCCUGAACCAGAUGCCUACGAAGCAGAUCGUCGAAAGGCGAUCGCAGAAAGAGAGAAGAACUAUCGUAAGUCAAGUAUGGCCGAGAGUUUGUUGUCUGACCGUCGCACCUCGGACUCACUUCGGGAACGUGACGUCCGAGAAAGCCGCGAUCGUGAUAGGGAAAGAGAACGAGAUCGGGAUCGUGGCGACCGUGAUCGGGAGCGAGACAGAGACAGAGAUCGUGAGCGAGAGCGCGACCGGGAUCGCGAGAGGGACAGAGAUAGGGACCGGGACUUUCGCGCGCGUCGCGACGACUAUGCUAGAGAGCGUCGUGACAGGGAGGAGGAAAGAGAAAGACAAUACCGUCGUCGCGUCGAACGCCCUGUCGACGAGCUACCAUAUGGCGACGAGCCACGACCAUCCUCUUCACGUCGUCGCAGAGACGACGAUGAUGUUGGUUCCCGAGAUUCAAAGAGGCUAAAAAGGGAAAGAACACCUCGUGAGCGCUCCCCACCUGCACCUAUCCGUAACAAGACCAAGACUCCCCCAGUAGUAGCAGUUAAGGAAGAAGAUCCCGGUGUUCAUUCGGGCAGCGAAGAGGGUGAAAUCGAGGAGGAUUAG